AUGUCUGUCGCAUCAACGUACCGACUUUCUAUCGAUCGAAACAGCAGAUUAUCCAGUAAUGGACGAUCUACGACACGAACUCCAUUGGGUCAACUUAGAUCAAAUAUCAGUUCAUCAGCUUCUGUUCAUCGAUUGAAUCUUGGCAGUUCAUGUUCAAAUCAUAUUUUCCCAUGUAAUCUGCCAUUAAAAAAGCUUAAGCCUGAACCUUGGCAACGGUUCUUUGAUGGUGAAAAACGACAAAUAUACAGUCGACAAGGACUUACUGUGAAAAAAAAUAAACAAAAUAUUGAUGCACUCAUUAGUGAAGAAUUUUUUAACAUAACUGAUGAAGAAAAUAAAUCCGAUGAAAAUUCUCAACGUUCUUCACUUCCGCCAGCUGUUCAAGCACAUAUCGAUCAUUUAAUUGAACAAAUUGAUGAUUUAGUAUUACAAUUAGCCGAAGAACGACUCAAUCAUAGACAAACACGAGUUAAAGGCGAAGAAACUCUUACCACUCAAUUACAACAUCAAAAUAAACAAUUUCAAGAAUUACUUCAUAGAAAAAUGCUCGAUCAUGAGAAGGACUUUGAAGAACAACAGAACGCUAAUUCUAAAGCACUACAAGAAGAAAAAUCUCAAAGUGAUAAACGUGAGCAAAUCUUAAAAAAUGAAAUUGAAUUUCUAAAAUGCUCAUUUCAUUCCUAUAAAAUCAGCCUUGAUAAAGAAAAUUCAGACAAACUUCAAAGUAAAAUAGACGAAUCGCUAGAUGAAAUGAAAAAAGACUUACGAAAAAAAGAAGAAGAAAUGAAUGCAAAGAUAAAUGAUGCUAUAGUUAGAGAAAGAAAAAGUGUUGGCGCAAGACAAAAAAUGGAAAUUGAAAAUAUACGAAAACAACAUCAAAAAGAAAUCGAUGCUAUUCAUAAGACUUUUGCAGAUUCAGCUUUUGAUCGUACACGUAUUGAAACGCUGACGAAAGAAUUAACAUCAACUAAACUUGAACUUGAUGAUACGCAAGAACGUGCAACAAAUUUGUUUGCACAAUUAAAAGAUCUUGAAAUUCGAUAUACUGAAACGAAUCGACAAUUAAAUGAUUUUCGUAUGAAUUUUGAUGAGAAAAUAAAAGAAAUUGAAAAACUUUAUGCCGGAAGACUUGAUCAAUUGUAUUUACAAAAUGCUGAUCUCCGGAAUAUGUAUUUGAAAAAAUGUGAUGAGCUAGUCGAAGAACGAACAUUAACAAAACAGAAAAUUAGUGAGCAAGCCAAUAUGACACGAAAACAACUUCGACAAAAAUUACUAGACGUUCGUAUAAAAUCUGCUGUUCCACUCAAUACCGAUGUUCAACCGUGCCGUUUAAGUACAUAUGCUACAGGAUCUCAAUGUGAAUCAUCACCAGCACGUAGUAGUUCAGCAUUUGCUACUUGCCAUCCUGUUUCAACAACUCAUACUCAAUUAACAAUCGAUACUAAUACUACAACAGACUUUACGAUCGAUAAUACACGUCGUGAAACUAAACUACGUCGUCGUACGAGUCUACCGAUAACUGAAGCCGAACUAGAUAUUGUUCGAUAUUUAACAUCAAAAUCGCUCGUAGCUCUGACUGAUUCGUUAUCGUCGAAAUAUAAUUUUGAAAAUCAACCAGCUAUGAUAAAAAAUCUCAGUUUAGAAGAUCUUCAAGAAACAUUUAAGUCACAGUGA